UCUGGCCGCCGUGUCUAUGGUGCACUUGGCUAGAGAGGCUCCUCCCGUAAGCGCUGUGGCGCGGCUAUGGCGGCGCUCCGGGAGCCGGGUUACGGUCGUUGAAGGAACUGCGGGGCCCGCGCGGCGCUGCGGCCGUGAUGGAGGCGGUGAGCGAGGAGUCACUGCAUCGGCUGUCGGGGACGAGCCCGAGCAGCGAGGCGGGUGGGCUGGUACUGCCUCGGGGUGCCGAGCAGCACGUCUUUAAGGCACCGGCCCCGCGCGUCUCCCUGCUGGGACUGGACGUGCUGGCGGCGCAGAAGCGGCGGGAGCGCCAGGAGGAGGCGGCUGGGGGGAAGCGAUCCCGUGUUGCAUCCUAUAAGGACUGGGAAGAGGGUCGUGACGAGGCGGGCAGUGCCGAGGAAGAGGAAGAGGACGAGGCCGACCGGAGCAGCCGCAGAGUUCGCAGGAACAGACAUUACCGCUCUGUCCACGUGGAGACACCUUCCUACACUGGGGGUGUCAGCGAGGAGUUCUUGGAACGCAACCGGCAGCGGGAAAGGGAGCGUCGGGAACAUGGAGUCUUUGCCUCCUCCAAGGAGGAGAAGGACCGGAAGAAGGAACGCAGUAGGGAUCGGGACUACGAUCGGAAACGAGACCGUGAGGAGCGGGAGAGGAGUCAUCACAGCAGAUCGGAGAGGGAUGGCUCAUCAGAGCGGAGUGUCAGGAGGAGUGAACCUGAGAGCCCCCGACAUCGGCCUAAAGAUGCAGCCACACCUUCUCGCUCCAGCUGGGAGGAAGAUGAUGGUGGCUACAGCAGUGGCCAUCGCUCGCAGUGGGAAUCUCCAUCUCCCACACCUUCCUAUCGAGACUCAGAGCGUAGCCACCGUCUGCCAUCGCUGCGGGACACAGACCGGCGGGAGCGGGACAGGUACCAGUGCCUGAGGCUGUGCUGUGAGCUGUGGAGCUACAGAACAGGGACUCUUGUAUGUAUGAGAAGGGUCUGCCUGUGGGCACCAGUUCCUCCCCUCUGUUGUGUUUCCAGGUCUGUGAGGAGCCGGUACUCUGAUAAGACACCAUUGCCAACCCCAUCAUACAAAUACAAUGAAUGGGCUGAUGACCGGAGGCAUCUGGGGGCCACGCCACGCCUGUCCCGAGGGAGAGGCCGGCGCACAGAAGGGGAGGAGGGCAUUGCCUUUGAGACAGAAGAGGAGCGGCAGCAGUGGGAAGAUGACCAGCGGCAAGCUGACCGGGACUGGUACAUGAUGGAUGAGGGCUACGAUGAGUUUCACAACCCUUUGGCUUACUCCUCAGAGGAGUACGUGAAGAAGCGCGAGCAACACUUGCACAAGCAGAGGCAGAAGCGGAUCUCGGCACAGCGGCGGCAGAUCAAUGAGGAUAAUGAGCGCUGGGAGACAAAUCGCAUGCUGACCAGUGGUGUGGUACAUCGGAUUGAAGUGGACGAAGAUUUUGAGGAGGAUAACUCUGCUAAAGUGCAUUUGUUGGUGCACAAUCUAGUGCCCCCUUUCCUAGAUGGAAGGAUUGUCUUCACCAAGCAGCCAGAGCCAGUCAUCCCUGUGAAGGAUGCCACCUCGGAUUUGGCCAUCAUAGCACGGAAAGGCAGCCAGCUGGUGCGCAAGCACAGGGAGCAAAAGGAGCGUAAGAGGGCUCAGCACAAGCACUGGGAGCUGGCAGGCACCAAACUGGGAGACAUUAUGGGGAUCAAGAAAGAGGAGGAAAAGGACGAGAUGGUGACAGAAGAUGGCAAAGUGGAUUACAAAACAGAGCAAAAGUUUGCUGAACACAUGAAAGAAAAAAGUGAAGCCAGCAGUGAGUUUGCCAAGAAGAAAUCGAUCCUGGAGCAGAGACAAUACCUACCCAUCUUUGCUGUACAGCAGGAACUGCUCUCCAUCCUCAGAGACAACAGCAUUGUGAUCGUGGUGGGGGAGACGGGGAGUGGGAAGACAACUCAGCUGACACAGUAUCUCCAUGAGGAUGGCUACACUGAUUAUGGCAUGAUUGGCUGCACACAGCCUCGCAGGGUGGCUGCCAUGUCAGUGGCCAAGCGGGUCAGUGAGGAGAUGGGCGUGCGUCUGGGGGAGGAGGUAGGCUAUGCCAUCCGCUUUGAGGACUGCACGUCAGAGAACACGGUGAUCAAGUACAUGACAGAUGGGAUCCUGCUGCGGGAGUCGCUGCGGGAGGCUGACCUGGACAACUACAGUGCUAUCAUCAUGGAUGAGGCACACGAGCGCUCACUCAACACUGAUGUGCUCUUUGGGCUGCUUCGGGAGGUGGUCGCCCGACGCUCCGAUCUGAAGCUUGUUGUCACUUCGGCCACCAUGGAUGCAGAAAAGUUUGCCUCCUUCUUUGGGAAUGUUCCCAUUUUCCACAUUCCUGGGCGCACUUUCCCUGUGGAUAUUCUUUUCAGCAAGACCCCACAGGAGGAUUAUGUGGAGGCUGCAGUGAAACAAGCCUUGCAGGUCCACUUGUCUGGUGCUCCUGGAGACAUCCUCAUUUUCAUGCCUGGCCAGGAAGAUAUCGAGGUGACCUCAGAGCAAAUUGUGGAGCACCUUGAGGAGCUGGAGAAGGCACCUGCUCUUGCUGUGCUGCCAAUCUACUCUCAGCUGCCCUCGGACUUGCAGGCCAAGAUCUUUCAGAAGGCUCCUGAUGGGGUCAGGAAAUGCAUCGUUGCCACUAACAUUGCAGAGACCUCACUGACAGUGGAUGGUAUCAUGUUUGUGAUUGACUCUGGCUACUGCAAACUGAAGGUUUUCAACCCCCGUAUAGGCAUGGAUGCACUGCAGAUCUACCCCAUCAGUCAGGCCAAUGCCAAUCAGAGGGCUGGCCGAGCUGGCCGGACAGGCCCAGGCCACUGUUUCAGGCUCUACACCCAGAGUGCCUACAAGAAUGAGCUGCUGACAACCACGGUGCCUGAGAUCCAGCGCACCAACCUCGCCAAUGUAGUGCUCUUGCUCAAGUCACUGGGUGUGCAGGACCUGCUGCAGUUUCACUUCAUGGAUCCACCCCCUGAGGACAAUAUGCUGAACUCCAUGUACCAGCUGUGGAUCCUGGGGGCCCUGGAUAACACAGGUGGUCUGACCUCUACAGGACGUCUCAUGGUGGAGUUCCCACUGGACCCUGCACUCUCCAAAAUGCUCAUUGUCUCCUGUGACAUGGGUUGCAGCUCUGAGAUCUUGCUCGUUGUCUCCAUGUUGUCUGUGCCUGCCAUCUUUUACCGGCCUAAGGGCCGAGAGGAGGAGAGUGAUCAAGUGCGGGAGAAAUUUGCUGUUCCAGAGAGCGAUCACUUGACUUACCUGAAUGUUUACCUGCAGUGGAAAAACAAUAGCUAUUCUACCCUGUGGUGCAAUCAGCACUUCAUCCAUGCCAAGGCCAUGCGCAAGGUGCGGGAGGUGCGUGCCCAGCUCAAGGACAUUAUGGUGCAGCAGCGAAUGAGCCUGGCAUCCUGUGGUACAGACUGGGAUGUUGUCAGGAAGUGCAUCUGUGCUGCUUAUUUCCAUCAGGCUGCAAAGCUGAAGGGCAUUGGGGAGUAUGUGAACAUUCGCACGGGCAUGCCCUGCCACCUGCACCCCACGAGCUCUCUGUUUGGCAUGGGCUACACACCCGACUACAUUGUGUACCAUGAAUUGGUUAUGACUACCAAGGAAUACAUGCAGUGUGUCACUGCUGUGGAUGGAGAGUGGCUGGCGGAGCUGGGUCCCAUGUUCUACAGUAUCAAACAUGCUGGCAAGUCACGCCAGGAGAACCGCCGCCGUGCCAAGGAGGAGGUGUCUGCCAUGGAGGAGGAAAUGGCUUUGGCAGAGGAGCAGCUGCGUGCCCGCCGGGAGGAGCAGGAGCGCCGUAACCCACUGGGAAGUGCAAGAUCUACUAAAAUCUAUACCCCUGGGCGAAAGGAGCAGGGGGAGCCCCUGACACCACGACGCACCCCAGCCCGCUUUGGUCUCUAAGAAGGCACGACCUAUUGCUUUGAGGCUUAAGGUAGUGCCCAGCUACCCUGAUAAGUUUAUUCUGAGGUCUCUACAGCUUGUGGCCCUGGAAGGCUUUGGUGCCUGGCACUAAUUUUGCUACAAAACAGAAAGAAUUUUAUUUGUUUAAAGGUU